AUGUCUCUCUCCAAAUUCAGCAAAACGUGGUUCAAGAAACGAUCUGGCAAACGCCAUGCGCCUGAAGAAGAGGCGAUUACUCCCGAGCCUCCUUGCACGUCUGGUUGCACGGAACCCACCCUACUAGUAGAACAGCACAUCCGUUGGCUUCACAGCACACACUUUGGAAAACCCAAUGAAGAGAUGGCAGCCAGGGUGCGUCGUCUCAAUGACUUGAUCAGCAACUGGAAGGAGCGUCUCGACGCGAAAGACUUGCGAAAGACUCUAUCUGAAGAGGAGAUGACAGGCCUCCUGAACGACCUAUCGGAGACGUUCUUCGACGCGGAACUUGUUCCUCCUCAACCCUCAUUUCAAGUCCAGUUUGACUGGGUAGACGAUCACGACAAGAACAAAUGGAACAUUCUUGGGGUGACAAUACACAAAAGCUACGGCUGCCUGAUCAAAUUAGAUCCUAACGUCAUCAAUCCACUGAACCACUGGGUUUUUCCAAAAGUCUUUGACAAACGAAGGCAAGGUCGCCUUGACGGUCAAGAUGUGUCGGGUGAUUAG